AUGCUUGACGGGGUCGAUUCGUUGAUGCGUUAUCUCUCGACCAGUCGGGCUCGAAGCGUCAUCCCGCAUAUCGAGGUGACACCGAGUCGAAAGCUUUCCAUACCGAAUCAACUCAGAUUCACGAGGACGUGCAGUCACGACACUUUGGAUAAACUCGAGAAAACGUGUCGAAAAGAGUUGAAGUUGCAGAAAAUGGCGCUCGAAUCGACGACUCCACAGCAAGCGUCAGUCUCCUGUCUUCUCCCGUCACCCUCAAUGUGUCCGUUGAUGAGCGAUUUGGGAAGAUCCCGCACCGAACCCUCGAGUCUCGAUGCACACGAUGAAGCCAUAUUACAGACGAAGCGCUCUAUGUCAAACUUGUCGAUCGAGACGCCGACAAAGAAGUCGCUUGCUGAAGUGAUUGGCCUCACCACCUAUCAACAAAAACUCUUGAUUCAAGCCUGGCCAACGAUUUAUUCGACGGGAGUCGGUGGCAGCUUUGCUUCGUCGAUUUUUAUGUAUCUCGGGAUGAAAAAUUCGAAGGCAAAGCAGAUUUUCGCAAAGGCAAACAGUGUGGCUGUGUUUGCAAAUAGUGAAAUGGAUUGCACAUCAAUGCACUCACGGGCAACCCUCGAUCUGCUGGACACGAUUGUGAAAUGUCUCGAUCAAGAUCACACAAAGAUCACCGCUUAUCUGUUUGAGCUUGGAAAGCGACAUCGCUCUCUGCGACAAGACGGUCUUUGUAGCACAGUUUGGGAUGAUAUGGGUGAUUCCUUAUUGGAGAGUGUUCGUCGAUUCGAUUGUGUUCGAAAGCACAAAGAGUUGCGGAGAGCUUGGCUAUCCGUUUUUGCCUAUGUCACUGAUAACCUCAAACAGGGUGCAAGUAUCCGAAGUUCAAGCUCCUACGAUCUCCAUCAAAACUCGUUGGAUAGCGAGAAAUCAAGCCUGCCCCUCCAUAAAAAGAGUGUGAUA